AUGGAGGUAGAUUGUGGAAAUUUAGAAGCUCUUCCUCUUAGUUUGAUUUUUGAAAAGUUGGUAGAGCGUAUCGAUCACAUCUAUUUCAGCGUGGUAUGCAAGAAUUGGUAUUCCAUCGCAAAGUUUAAUUACCAAAAUCGGCAAGUCAAAAACAACGUAUUGCCCAUGCUCAUGAUUCCCACUAAGAGAAGGUGUAAAACAAAGAGAGGUUUAUAUGGGAUUUCAUUCGACAAAAUUUACAACUUUCAAUUAUCAGUCCCUCAUAACAAGAGGCUUUGUGGUUCGAGUCAUGGUUGGCUAGCAAAGAUGGAUAUUACUAUUAGUUCCAGACUUGCAACUAUAACCCUACUUAAUCCCUUCAACAAUAUAGCUUCCAUCAUUCUACCAACCAUCUACAUGAAGAAUAUGCUUGCAAAGAAUAUGCUUGGAGGAGGUAGAUCAGUUCCUGAACGUAAUGUUCAUAAGGUUAUUUUGUCAUCUAAUCCUACAACUAAUCCACGUGAUUAUGUUGUUGUAGCAAUUUAUGGUGGGCGUGCAUGUCUUGCUUUCAUGAAAGCAGGAGAAAAUUGUUGGACUCAUAUUGAUCCUUACCAUCAUUGCUUCACCGAUGUUAUAUUUUAUAGAGGCCUAGUCUAUGCCGUGGGAGGAUGGAAUCACAUAGUCUCUUUCGACAUUUGCAACUCGAGGGAUUCAUUCGAUCCUGAGAAGAUCAAUGUUGUUUCACCUCUUGCGUUUGAUACUGAUUAUGCUCAUCGAGCAUAUCUUGUAGAAUCAUUGGAGGGAGACUUGUGGCUUGUUAGAAAAUUUAUUGGUUAUGGAGAUGAUGACAUUGAUGAAGAUAUUAACCCGCCUAGUUGUGGUACCGAAAGAUUUGAAGUGUAUAAGUUGGAAUUGGAUCUUAAAAGUGGUAAGCUUAUACAUAUGUUAAGACUUGAUAGUUUGGGAGACAAUGUUUUAUUUUUGGGUGAUAGUGAUUCUAUAUCUAUGUCGGCUUCGUAUUUUGCUAAUUAUCUACAAAAGGAUUCAAUUUAUUACACAGAUGAUUUUUACGAAGAGGAUCCAAUUUCUUACCCUAAUGGACCGUUUGAUAUGAAAAUCUUUAAUGUGAAAGAUGGAGGCUUUAGUCAACAUUGCCGUUACCAACAUUGGUUCACAAGGAUGCCACCUUCACUAUGGGUUAUUCCACCAUUUCGGUGGGAUUGA